AUGAAAUUUUUACUCGUCUGCAUUUUAAUUUUUUCACUUGUCCAAAUUGGACACAGUGCUUUGACUGCGACAGCAAAUAUUCAUGUAGAUUCUACUUCAGUUGCAAUUGGUACUGUAUUAUUUCAUCAACGUGACGCUAAUUCUCCAGUUCGUGUUGUUGGUAUAAUAGACGGCCUUAAAAAUAACACUGUUCAUGGCUUUCAUGUACAUAGAGAUGCGUUAAUGAAUGGUGAACUUAAUUGUACAGCUGCUGGUCCUCAUUUUAAUCCGUAUAGUACACUACAUGGUCCACGUGAAGCUGAUUUGGGCCAUCGACAUGUUGGUGAUCUUGGAAAUUUAACAGCAAAUGAUAAUGGUAUAAUUAUUAUUGAAUUGACUGAUUCAAUUAUUGAUCUAUACAAUGCUACGAGAUCUGUUGCUAAUCGAACCAUCGUUCUACAUGCCAUGAGAGAUGAUGGUGGCAAAGGUGGCUUUCCAGAUAGUAAUACAACUGGAGACGCUGGACCUCGUAUAGCUUGCGGCGUUAUCAGUUUGGCAAUGAUAGAGUCAGAUACCAAUUCACAAUCACCGAAAAUUUCUACAAUGGUUACUGAUUUUUUUCGAAAAUUAUUUCCUUAA